GAGAGACAAAUAUACUUGAUGUAAUAAUCACAGUAAUGAUAAAGCAGCUGAUAGGAAUAGGUCGACUCAGUAAAACGAGAUUUUAGAGUUGCCCUCAGGUGUGUGUGUGUGUCCAAGCAUCCUCCCCUGCUGCAGGAGGAUGGUAUGGCCCAUGUUGCCUAGGUGAGCUGGACUGCUGAGUGGGAGAGGCCAUACCCGCCCAGUUCAUUGUGUUCACACAGAGUGGCUGCUUUGACCCUAUCUGGACUUGGUGGAUUCCACUCACAGGCAAACAUUCCUGUUCGGCUGCGCCUGCCUGCCCACAAGGGCACAGAAUCAGACGAAAAACAGAAGAACUCUGGCCCGUGAAUCACAUUUGUCCUGGACUGCACCCCUGUGAGGCUUCACAGGAAAUUUGACACACAUUUGUUUAUGAAAAUUGAAUCCAGUCUGAUUAUCUUUGAUGGAGUGUUGAGCUACUUUCCCAAAUCCUAGAUUACAGCAAGGACACUGUGCCGGACAAUAACUCCUCCCCUUCUCUCAAAUCCCCCUUUAUAAUCCCUGCAGAGAUCUGCCAGCAGCAUAAGGUGUGUUGUACUUGUUUGUAGGCCUACAUGGCACAGACUCUUGUGUCACACUAGUGUGAAAGUAUAACUUCUUUACAGGCUUAGCUGCGGGAAAGUGACAUGAACAUGCGUCUUAGCCGAGCAUUCAGAAAACAAAAAACAGCCAUGCGUUAGGAAGAAUCGCUUCAAAGGGUAUGUGAGACCAAAAUAUAUGGUGUUAUACUUAGUGAAGGUAAAUACUCCAAUGUGUCAUAUUGUUAUGGUCAUAUAGCCAUGUUGAUAAUGAUAUGUAUUCCAUAUAUUUUAAUCAUGUUCUGGAAGACAAACAAGAAGCUCCAUAAUUACACCUUGUAGUGGUGCAUUCUUAAAUGUGCAGCAAUUAUGACAGGAUUUGGAAGAAGAUAAAUGGUUUCUUGACUUUCGGCUUGACAGGAAGAAUGAUCAGAGCUCCUGGCCUCAUUCCUGGCACUCCUCUAAGCUGACAGAGGAGGGGUUCCAGCCCCUUGGCAGAGAAACCACCCCAGUGUCGGUGUGGCAACAAAAAGAAGCAAGACUCAAAGAGUCACCCUGUCAAAAAGACCACAAUAACCAGCAUCUGCUAACUGGCCAUCUCAGCUCAAUGAGCCACAUGGAGAAACUGGGGCAUCUUGCUCCUCCUUUCCCACCACAUCGUGCUUCCCUGACUAAAUACACGAGCAGCAGCGAGCCUCCCAGUGGUACAGAAAGCAAAAGAGACACAUUUAGCUGUUUCUCCAGUGGCUCCAACACUCUGGUUCUAGACUCAAGCUCACUUGGCAGGAAGGGAACCAGGAUGGAUAACAUUUUUUUCAAGGGUGUUCAGGAUGAAGGGCCCUUGACAGUGGCGCGCCCAGAGUACUUGCAGACUCCUUGCCAGGAGGGGUUAUGGUUGGACGAGCAGAACUCCUCAUGGAUGUCAAGUAGAUUUAGGCCCAGCGUUGGUUCAGUGUGGAAGGUACCAGAAAAGAAGAAGCCCAAGUCUCCUCCACCUCCCUUAAAGCGCAAUGACAGUUGUGUUGCCACAAGGGUGUUUCCAUACUCUGAGCGAUCUGAAAAAAAUCCAAACACUCAUCGCAGGUCAGUUGAAAAGCUGGUUGAAGGGAAAAUAUCUCACCCAGAAAAAAACACCAAGUCCAGAUAUAGCGUUACCUCACUGUCAGACAAAGACUUUCUUCAUCCCAGCAGAGUAGGUGAACACAACGAACUACACCCAAACAAACAUUUUUCAUUGUCUAGCAAUGAUGUCAGACAAUCUCAGUACACCAACAGACCUUACCAUUUGAAACAGUACAGUGAUGAGAGCCCCUUGUAUCUCCAGACAAGCCUAGCUCCUCACAUUCAGAGUGUUGGAAGUUACUAUCGCAGUUUACAGGAUCUGCCAAUGAAGGCCUCCAGCGGUAAAUUGGUCUGUUGUUCUUCAGCCUCCAGGGCUGCCACAAACCUAGAAAAUGACACUUACUCUGGUCCGGUAAACAAAAAAGGAAACCAUCAGAUGGCCCACACAGAAAAUAAAGGGCACAAUGGUCUUCUGAAAAAUGUCCUUCUGCUUGACGCCCAAAGCUCUGAAUGCUCUCACUACUGUGACCCAGAGGAGGCCACAGAGAAAAGUGAAAGACAUAUUAACAAACAAAGAAUUUUCCCAGCUCAUCAAAGUAGUAAUCACAAGAUAGGUCUUUCAAGGCUCCAUGACCCCUGGGUGCCACAACAGCACCACCGAAUAUCCCCCUUAGAAACACCAAUGCUUCAUUCACUGACAAAUGAAAGUAGAAUUGAAAUGGGAGUUAAACCAACAAGUAUUGUGUCAUCCCAGAAUGUCUGCGACUCCAUGGUCGCCAGUGUUGGGAAAUCCAGUCGGCGUGGUGACCGUUAUGCCACUACACUACGGAAUGAAGUGCAGCAGAAGCGAGCUCAGCUGCAAAAAAGCUGUAGUGCUGCAACGCUGACUUGCGAUGUCCAGGAGGAGGACCCUGCAGAGUGGAAAUAUGCAGAGCCUUCUUCAUCAUGCAGCAUCUCCUCCACAAAUACCUACAAAGACAAUCUGAAAGAGGUGCAGGCCAGGGUCCUACAGGCUACCUCUUUUCAGAGACGCGAUCUAGAACCCCUUGGAGCAGAGGCACCAGUGCUUAAAAACUCUAAUGAACGCAUUAGAGGACGUAAGCAUUUUCCCUUGGCCAAACGUAUGCAUUCCUUCUCAGAACCUGACAUGAUCGAUCUGGUAGGAGUGGACAGAGAGGAUCAAGAAAAAGCUUUUGACCAAAUGACCUUCUUUGAGCCCAAGCCAGCAUUUUCAAAACCAUUUAGGCCAGAUUCAACAUCCAAUACAGAUUUGAAUCCAAGUGGAGGUAAGGCAAUUGAAACCAAAGUGACAAGUAUGUCAGGGGAGGCUCAGGAGACUUAUCGGUCAGUAGAAACCAACUGUCUCAGCCCCCCAGGGGAGAAGGUCCUACUGGAGCAACAGAAGCUUGGAACCUUUGCUGAGUACCAAGCCACGUGGAACAAACAGAAGAGGACAUCUGAAGCCAAGAUUCAAGGCAGGUACUACUCAGCAGAAAACAUCUUGGAAACUGAAGCUGAGGAGAAGGCAGUGUCCUUUCAUGAGAGAUCCAGAUCUUCUCCCUCUGCAGAUUUCUGUACUCAGAAUAUUCCAUCCCUGUGGAGAGAUCCUCAAAAGAAGCAGAGCAAUGACCCUGCAAGAAACGAUUCUCCAGUCUCCAGCUUCACUGACCAGCAGCCUGGUCCAGAUGCUGUCAACCCAACCUUUGCAGUCUCCUCUGGUCCUUGUAGCCUGGGCCCUCUCCUUGGCUUCCAGCUCCCAGCCCAGCCUUUACAAGCCAAUGCUGUCUCACCAUCCAGGCCCCAUUUAGGCCCAGAAACAACUUGCUUGUCCCAGGAUUUCCUUUCAGCAAAACUUGCAGACCCAGUGAUGCUUCAUCCCCUUUCCAGUUUGGACACCACCACGAAGGGCCCGACCCCUCCUGGCUCUCCGCGCACGAUGCCUCAAUCGGACAGGAGCACAGGAGAUGUAGAAAGCAAGAAGGAGCAGAUAGCAUCUUCCUCCUCUUCGUCUCAUCUUGCAAUGAAGCUCCCUCACUCUCCCUCGCCACAUAGUCACACUUUGCGGCUGAUGGACAAACAGCUGGCUUUGUCCAUGCAGGAGGAUUCACCUCUCUGGUCUGAAAAUGACUCUAAGCUCUCAAAAACUGUGAUGAACGUUAACAGGUCAGGGAGAAAAGUUCUUGGGGUGGUCCCAACUAACCCAUCUCAGAGCUGCAAUACCUCUGGCAUCAUGAAACCAAGCUCCGACAUCAUCUCGGUGGAUGCCAGUGAGAUGUGGCCCUCCUCAGUAUUCAAUGUCUGCAGACAGCAGCCUACUAAGGACCUGGGACCUGAAUCGCAACAGUUCAGAGUCAAAGAUAGCAUUUCCGAGUCAAACCUAACAGGACAAGGAGACGCCAAGACAGAGCAGCUGGUCAGGGACAUCUUGGUCAAAGAUAAAUCCCUGAUGGAGAUCUUACAUCAGAGUGGAAGGAAGACUACAAUGGAUUUGAUGGAGGGACUAUUUCUCCAAGAGAAACAGAUCUUGGAGGGGGUCCAGCAACGCAGGAGACCCUCCAGUGGUUCCAAGCUGCCCAGCACAAGCAGGAGGGAUGAGGAGGAUGUCUCUACAGCAGAUUCGCUGGUUCCCAGCUCCUCCUACUACAACACAUCAGCUCCAAAAGCUGAGCUCCUCAUUAAGAUGAAGGACAUGCAGGAGCAAUUGCUGGAACAAGACUCUGAGGAUGAGGUGGAUGUGGACUUGGCCAGUAAAAAGCAGGAGCUGAUCUCAAGCCUGGCCAAGAAGCUGGAGGUGCUACGGGAGGCACGACGAAGCCUACAGGAGGAUGUAGAGGACAACGAGGCUUUGGGUAGCGAGGUGGAGACAACCGUGCAGCGCUUUUGCCUGGCCAACCAGCUGGACAAGUUCCGAAUGUUUGUGGGCGACUUGGACAAAGUCGUGAGCCUGCUGCUGUCACUGUCGGGUCGUUUGGCGCGGGUGGAGAACGCGCUCAACGGUCUGGAAGAUGGAGCGCCCCCGGAGGAGAAGCGCACCCUGACUGAGAAGCGCAAACUGCUAAUGCGGCAGUAUGAGGAUGCCAAAGAGCUGAAGGACAACUUGGACCGACGGGAGCGUCUGGUGUCCUCUAUAAUGGAGGCCCACUUGGACCCUGAACGCCUGGACGACUAUCGGCAUUUUGUCAAGAUGAAGUCCGCCCUCAUCAUCGAGCAGCGCAAACUUGAGGACAAAAUCAAGCUGGGUGAGGAGCAGCUUAAGUGCCUACUGGACAGUCUGCCACUACAGCAGAGGUCACAGUUUUAAUACCCCCGUCCUGGAACCAAACCCAGCCCCAGAGUGAAAGAAGAAGCUCUUCACUGGCCUCUGGACUGGUUACACUCUUUUAACUGGUUACGCUGUCACUGGCUGUGUAUCCCAUGAAGGAUUUCUUUUGCACAUGAUGUGUCAUGCUGUUAUGCACGUACUGUAUAUCACAGUGCUCAAUAUUACAGAAUCAAUGCACUUCUAGUCCUAUGACUUCAAUGGGAUUAUUGAUUUAAAUCUCUUUUGACAUUCAUCUCUCAAGAUGGAAGGCUGGAUCGAAAACACUGAAAAUUGAAAUAUUCCCCAAAAUCAUACUUUUCAGUUUGAUGGAUGCCGAUAGGAGAUAAAUGCCUGCUAAAUGAGAAAUGAUGCUUUGCAUCUCCUAGGUAAUUGAUGGUGUAAAUCAUAUCUAUAUGGCUGCAUCUAGCUGGGAAAGCAAGCCAGAAACUGGACACAAGUGUCUUUGUGAAUCGUGCAGCCAAAAUACACAGAAACAAAAAACUGGUUUAUUCUCCAAUGUCCAUGUCAGUAUUGAUAUGCUUAUCUCCAAGUUGCAAAAUCACUGCCUGGGUUUGUAUUUGGUAUUUUGUUCUCAUUUGUUACAUAUUCUUUAAAGUCUCGGCGGAGACACAAUGCCACAAAAGAAGUUAUUUGGGAUUUUUUUUUUUUGCUUUUGUAAUCUCUUAAAAUGCAUGAUGUUUGUUGUUUUCUAUUCAGUAGAAGACUUAAGACAUCUAGGUGGUUUCUACUGACAAACAGGUGUUUACUGAGGUGUGACACUGAUUUAAAAGUCUCCAACGGGAUACAGUAUCCCUUGUCUGGUGCUUAACCAGGAAUUGUAUACAAUAUCUGUCCAUUGGCAUUCUUAAGCCACACCUCAUGUGCACCCUUUCACCGGGGCAAAUGCAAUAAAAGAUCAGGUGAUCACUUC